AUGUUUUGCGAUGGAAAUUUCCAAUUAUUUGUUUUUUCUACCUACAAGUAUACGCGCACAGUGAAAAGUGUGUAUCAUAAACCAGUUAUCAAAGUUGGCAUCAGUGGUCAGCUUACAAAUAUAAGUUUCGUAUCUAUUAACACAACGAUUAGUUAUGAAUAUGACACAAGUGCAAUAGCCUAUAACUUAACGUGGGAAUACAUGUUACCAUAUUUAUCAAAGAUAUCUUCUCAGAGUGAAGAUUAUUUAUAUAAGGGAUCUAUUUAUACAAUACCUGGCGCCUUUGUGACAAAUAAUAUAAAUCAAUAUUUGAAUAUAACUUUAGACACGACAAGUUGCUCACUGAAUGGUGACUUUACAGUAGAGAUUCCAUUAAAAAUUUCAUUCAAUGACAGGGCAGGAUGUAAUAUGGAUUUAUACACAUCGUUUAAAACAAAUGCAACUUUAACUUACAAUUCAAAUUCAAUAAUUAAAAGAGAUAACAACGCAUUAAAAGAAAGCUAUAGUCGUGGUGUUUGCUGGGAUCAAGUCGAAUCUUGGAUAUAUGCUUGCAUGAAUUUAUAUGUAACAACCCAAAAGACAGCAUGUUAUUUUUCAAACAGCUUUGGUGAAAAAUGGACGAAUUUAGAUCUUCGAGUGGGCUCUGUUCUUGGUCAUCAUAUAUUAACAAGAGAUUUGUAUGUUAUACAUCGAAAUCAAAAAACUUACUUGAUGUAUCAUAAAGAAUAUAAAAAGUGGUUAGCGAUUUCCGUCAAUGAAUUUGAAAAAAAUAUAUCUAAAAACUUAAACUUUUCAGCAUGUUUGAGGUUGGAAGGAACUUAUGAGCAGAUUUUUACAUCUUCAACAUCAACAACUCAACAAUGGAUGGGAAAUGAAGACGGUUUGUUUUUCCGAAAAUCUGUAAACGAUACUUGGAUUCAACGAUUUAAAUGGAAGGGUUAAAUAAACAUAAGUGACCCUAAAAUCAGGUUAACUAAGUCAAUAAAUAACUAGAAUAUAAAAAUCGCGUUUAAACUAGUUUAUAAUGGUGUUAGAAUACUAUUUAUAUAUUUUUAGUUUUGUUACAAAAACUUGUAUACUAAAGUAACAAUAGCUUAACACAUAUACCAAUUAAUAUAAUAGUUUAAAACUAUAUUAAUUUAAAGGUCUAAUUUAUUUAUUUGUAUUUAAUUUUAACUUUCUUUUUUAUAUUAAAUCAUAGCUUUUUUUUUUUCAAACAGUACAUUUUCUGUAAUUAUAACUCUAAAAUAUAACUACUAAUCUACAAUAAAGUUAAAUAAAAACUUAUACUGCAACAUGUUAUUUAGUUAUUAUUUCAUGAUCAAUUUUUCGAAGGCGUUUAAUUAAGCUCGCUUUU